AUGGUCGUCGAGCACCUCACCAUUCGCAAUAACACCAGCACGGCGAUCGUCCUGAAGCGCAUCGAGCGCUUCGCGGCCCCAGAACAAAAUAAGGGUGAUGAUUUCACCUCUAUGGCCAGGAACUUCACUCGGGCUCUGACCAAUCAAACUCGCACCGCUGAGCCGGUCAAGUCUAUUAACGAUGAUACUCGUCCAUUCGACGAGGUGAACGACAUUGACUUGCGCAUUGAGCCUUUCACCACUAAGAAGACGGAGCGCAAAGCCUUCGUUCAUUCCGACAAGGAGCGCAUGCGUCUCGUCUUCGAAGUCGAUGGCGAACGUCACCAGAUCCAGACGCCUGUCCCUACCACCGAGAGCGCGACAAUGAAGGCAUUGACUGAGAACCCAAAGCACAAGUUUACAGGCAUCUACAUUACGCCUGAAUCAUACCUGACCAUUUUCUCGUCAGCAAACCUGGAUGCUUGGAUGCGUGAGCUCCGCGAUGACACCCUCCUCUCCGCUCUAUCCAUCCCAGGCACGCACAAUUCCCCCACCUGUCAUGUCGCCCCGCCUUCGGUACGCUGCCAGGCUGUUAGCCCCCGCGAGCAAUUGAAGAAUGGGGUGCGCUUCUUUGACAUUCGCGUGCAACCGCAGUACCCCGAUCGACCGGAGAAGGAUGAACUGAUCCUCGUCCACAGCGUGUUCCCCGUUUCACUGACGGGGAACAAGUACUUCAGUGACCUGAUGCGUGAGGUCAACGAAUUUCUCGAGCAAAACCCCUCCGAGACUCUCAUUAUCUCCCUCAAGCGGGAGGGUAGCGGCAAUGCCAAGGAUGAGCAGCUUGCGCAUAUUCUCCAAAAGCACUACGCCAGUGCUGGCAGCCACUGGUGGGUUCGACCCAAGAUUCCAACCCUGGGUGAAGCUCGUGGCAAGGUCAUUCUCCUUCGUCGGUUCAACUUGCCUGAGGACCUGCAGAAGGAGCACGGUGGUACGGGAUGGGGUAUCGAUGCUGCUGCGUGGGCGGAUAACACAGCUCACGCAAGCUGCCCCAGUGGCCAGCUCUGUAUCCAGGACUUCUAUGAAGUGCAGGAGUCUCUCAACAUUGAGAAGAAGAUCAAGUUUGUUACCGAGCAGAUUGAUCGUGCUGGUCACUGCCGCUACCCUUUCGGGAUCCAGCAGAAUGUGAAUGAAACAAGGAAGUACCCCUUCUACAUCAACUUCCUGAGUGCAAGCAACUUCUGGAAGACUGAUACAUGGCCUGAGAAGAUUGCUGCCAAGGUGAACCCUGCUGCCGUGGAUUAUAUCUGUCGCCAGCAACAGCAAGGUGAUGGCGACUGCGGCACUGGUAUUUUGGUCACUGACUGGGUUGGCUUGGAUGGUAACUGGGAUCUUGUUCGUUGCAUUGUCGGUAUGAACGCCAAGUUGCGACUCCGACAUGAGUAA